CUCGUAUAAAAGGAGACGUCGGACUGAGGUCCGACCUCUCAGCCUCCUCUUUCAGUUGCCCAUCACUCGUCCACGUUACCGCCUGCUGCCAUGUCGUUUGUGGCUCCUCCUGGCUACCAGCCGAUCUACAGCCCCAGAAUUCCCUAUCUGGGGCCAAUUUAUGGAGGCCUGAGGGAAGGGAUGUCCAUCUACCUCCAAGGAUCUACUCCUGAAGACAUGACCAGGUUCUUCGUUAACCUGCUCUGCGGAGAGUCCGAGUCCAGCGACAUCGCCAUGCACUUCAACCCUCGGUUCGAUGGCUGGGACAAGGUGGUUUUUAACUCCUGUCAGAAUGGAUCCUGGGAGUCAGAGGAGAAGAUUCGUAGCAUGCCCUUCUCCAAGGGUCAGGCCUUUGAAAUGAUCAUCAUAGUCACUUCAGAGGGCUACAAGAUCAAAGUCAAUGGGAAUGAUUUCCAUACUUUCUGCCACCGCCUCCCGGUGGAGCGAGUCCGUGGAAUGCAGAUCGCAGGAGAUGUUUCCAUUCAGACAAUAAACGUCAUCGGGGGUGGAAGCGGAGGAGGAAUGGGACAGGGAGGAUAUCCAGGAGCUGGCAUGGGGCAGGGAGGAGGAUAUCCGGGAGGUAACGCUGGGGGUGGAUAUCCAGGUGGCAUGGGAGGAGGAAUGGGGCAGGGAGGAUAUCCAGGAGGAUAUCCAGGAGGUGACAAUGGGGGUGGAUAUCCAGGAGGCAUGGGAGGUGGAAUGGGGGGAGGAUUCCCAGGAUCUAAUCUGCCGGGGAUGGGCGGGCAGCCAGUCUACAACCCUCCUGUGCCCUACACCAAUAUGAUCCCCGGAGGCAUGUACCCUAAGAGGACCAUCAUCAUCAGAGGCAUGGUGCCCUAUGGAGGAGACAGACUGAGCAUCAACUUCGUCGUGAGCAGAUCUCGGGACAUCGCCUUCCACAUGAACCCCAGAAUGAGGGAGAGAGUGUUGGUGAGGAACAGCAAGAUUGGAGGAAGCUGGGGCAAAGAGGAACGAGAGCUCAGCGUAAACCCCUUCACGGAGGGACAGUACUUUGAUAUGUCGAUUCGUUGUGGGAACCAGAGGUUUAAGGUGUUUGUGAACGGGCAGCACCUGUUCGACUUCUUCCAUCGCAUGCAGUCCUUCAACGAGAUCGACAUGCUGGAGAUAGAAGGCGACGUGCAGAUCUCCUACAUCCACUUCUAAAACCACACACACACUCACUCAUGCGCUGACAUACAAACCUUUAUUCACCUGUUAAUGAAGUUUUCCGUCAGCCACCGAGCUCUUUAUCUCAGGUUCUUAUUCUUACUACUGAUAUGUGAUCACAAAUCUCCAAAUGUUACCUCAUCAUGUAGCUUAACCAAUAAAAAUGUCACUCAAA